GUAAGGUAUCCAGGGCUUGGCCUCGCAGCUUCUCCUGUCUGUCUCUUUGUCUUCAGCCCAGGACUGCAAAGUUUGCUGCUUCCCACUGGCCUGGAUUGAUCAUUAGGAAGGCAGAGGAAAUAUACACUCAGUCCAAACUUCACCCUGAGACUCUGGUUUCUGCUGGCUCUUUUUCCUUCCCUUCUCAGAUAUAUAAGAAAAGACACCCCACACUAUCUCCCAAUGAAGAUAGCUUGCUGGCUACUGGCAGGUUCUUACCUGUUCUUCUGCUGCAGGGCUGAAGAGGGACUGGACUUCCCCACCUACGAUGGGAAGGAUCGGGUGUUUGACCUGAACGAGAAGAACUACAAGCAGGCCCUGAAGAAGUAUGACGUGCUCUGCCUACUCUUCCAUGAGCCUGUGGGCUCUGAUAAAGUCUCUCAGAAGCAGUUCCAGAUGACAGAGAUGGUACUGGAGCUGGCUGCCCAGGUCCUGGAAACGAAAGGUUUCGGCUUUGGGUUUGUGGAUUCCAAGAAAGAUGCAAAACUAGCCAAAAAGCUGGGUUUGGAUGAAGAAGGAAGCCUCUAUGUCUUCAAGGAGGAGCGCAUGAUUGAAUUUGACGGGGAACUGGCUGCAGAUGUCUUGGUUGAAUUCCUCCUGGACUUGCUGGAGGACCCCGUGGAAAUCAUCAACAGCAAGCUGGAGCUACAGGCCUUCGACCGCAUUGAGGAUGAGAUCAAACUCAUUGGCUACUUCAAAGGAGAAGACUCUGAACAUUACAAGGCAUUUGAAGAAGCAGCAGAACACUUCCAACCAUCCAUCAAAUUCUUUGCCACCUUUGACAAAGGGGUUGCAAAGAAACUAGCUCUGAAGCUGAAUGAGGUGGAUUUCUACGAGCCAUUCAUGGAUGAGCCAGUUCAUGUCCCCGACAAGCCUUACACGGAAGAGGAGCUGGUUGAGUUUGUGAAGGAGCACAAAAGAGCCACCCUGAGGAAGCUGCGUCCAGAAGACAUGUUUGAGACCUGGGAGGAUGACCUGGAUGGAAUCCACAUUGUGGCCUUCGCCGAAGAAGACGACCCGGAUGGCUUUGAGUUCCUGGAGAUUCUGAAACAAGUCGCCAAGGAGAACACCGACAAUCCUGACCUUAGCAUUGUGUGGAUCGACCCUGAUGACUUUCCUUUGCUCAUCACCUAUUGGGAGAAGAUCUUCAAGAUCGACCUAUUCAAGCCACAGAUCGGGGUGGUAAAUGUCACAGAUGCAGACAGUGUUUGGAUGGAAAUCAAGGAUGAUGAUGACCUGCCCACAGCGGAGGAGCUGGAAGACUGGAUAGAGGAUGUGCUCUCUGGGAAGAUAAACACGGAAGAUGACGACGAUGACGACGACGACGACGACAAUGAUGAUGAUGACGACGACGACGACGACGAUGAUGAUGAUUAGAUUUGAUUCUGUACAGUUUGUCUUCCGGACAGUGAGCCAUUUUCACUUGCGGCAGGUUGCUGUGCCUCCUAAACGGCUGUCCCUCCUCCUCGGCCUUAUGAAGACUGUUUCCAGCGGUCACAGAACACCCAUCUCCUCCUCCUUUCCCAUCCCUCCUGCUCCCCACGCCAAAAAAACACCUUGGCCUGGUUUCCAGAGGUUCUGCACACCCCCAGCUCUCAGUGAAAUCAGCGACAGCUGCAGAUGCUCAGUACUGCUGAAAAUCAGGCCUCAUCGGUAUGGACAACAGAAAUCUGCAGGGAAUUUCCCCUGACGUUUUUGUGAGUUACUGCUGGGUAGUGGGUAAAUGGUAGAGGGCCUUUCUUCAUGCCACCAAAGGGCAUGGGGAACUAAUUUCUAUUGCCAUGAUAAUCGGCCUCUUACAUUUUAAGACCUAAUCUCAUUGUAAGACAUCAGGAAGGUCACUGAAAAAUAUUGCCAAUCUCAUUAAACAAAACAUCCUUCACAUCUGCUCAGCUAAACAGCACAGCAGAGACCACAGUAUCCCACAAACUCUGCUCUGGGUGUCUGGUACUUCUUCACUGAUGACAUCAUAAACACCGUGGGGUGUUUUGUUUUGUUUUUUAAGGAUGGUAGUUAAGAUCUCAAUUAUCUGUAUAAUGAAAGAAUAUUCCCUUUGUGCAGAGCUGUGCAAAAAAAUUGCACCCAAACUCAUGAAACCUGCCUGGAUUGGUGUGUCACUGCAGGCUCCAAACUCAGGCAAGGUUGGUAAAAGCGUAGAAAUCCGGAUGGGUCAGAACAUCAGGUCUGAAAGCUCCUGAGGAGUUCAGAUCAAGGUCUGAAUCCAAACUCUGAGGUUCAGACCCAAAGGACUGAAAUGAAACACUGAUUCCUGACUCCAGAGCUUUGAGAUAAUUCAGAUCUGAACUCUACCACUCUGAUACAUCUGUAUGAUGGGUGGAACCAGAGCACUAUAUACGACCUACCUGAAUUUUGGGGAAGUUUGCAUCCACAUCUGAAUCUGGAUCUGAACUUUCUGGCUUAGGCCCAUCUCUUCUUUUAAGGGAUCCUUAGCUGAUUUAUUGUUGGGCAUUGAGAUCACAUGAAAUACACAACUGGAAAUUACAUACAGAGGCUCACCCUGCCACACGUGGAGAUCAAAAGAAACAUUCAUAGUACUCCACCCUAAAGCCCUCCCAUUCCAUAUGACUGUACAACCCUAGAGUCCUCUGAACUUUAUUCCUGCAUGGCAUCUUUUCCAGUGAACAAAUUGUCAGCCGGGGACAGGUCUGUUCAGCUUCAUUAGACAAACUCAUUGGAUGAAUAAUUUUGGUGUGGUAACCAUCAGUGAAAGGAUCAAAUUGUCUGGCUUUUAAGUAGUCGUGGGACUGGGUUUGAAAGUUCUAUUCCACAUAAAUGUUCACACAUCCCUUAGUACUAAGGGUGCAGCCUCUUUUGGCUGCAGACUCUAGUCUAAAGUACAUCACAGCAUUCAUUUGCAGUCAAAGGGUCACUCACAAUAGGGGUCAGAAACUUGAUCUAGCAGAAUGCAGGGCCAUCCAUGAGAAAUCCACACAUAAACCAACGUGACAUCUUUAGGGCUCAUGGAUUUCCCUCACCUGUAGAUUUCAAUUGUCCUGCUUUAUUAGGUUUUAGUGCAAGAGAAGGACAAUCUGAGGACAUUCUUACCCUUAGGAAGUAAUCCUCAAAUUGUCUUGCCUUUUUAGCUUAGUUAGGGUCUGUUUCUUCUCUCUUACUAGAGAUACAGAGCCUUAUGAUCUUGUUUACACUGGGGCAAGUCAGAAGUAACUAUUGAAGUCAAUGAAAUUAACACCGAUGUAAAACUGGUGGAGGUGAGAUGAGAAUCAGGACUCAUUGGGUCACUGUAUUAAUGUGAAUUAGCCCAACAAGAGCUAAGAUUUACACUCCAGAAACUGCCUCUGUCUAAGUGAACUGCAAAGCAAAAUUUUAUAGCGCUAUCUAUAUCUACAUAUAUCUAUAUACCUGCCCUUUCUUGCUUCUGUCCCAAAGGUUUAAAAUACGUGUGUGGGAGGGGGGCCUGGGGGGGGAUUUUCUAUGUACAGUAUUAACAUUUGGAACAUCAAGCGCUCACUUCCCUUUCCGUUCUAGAAGACUUGGUGAGAUCUUUGGAGGACUUGAAGGAUGAUGUCACUCUAGGCUGUGCUGCGAGCUGUCUCCUGCUUUCUUACUGCUUCCUGGAAAGGGGGUGCUAAGUCUUAACCCUUCUCCCAUUGGUUGAGGUGAAGGGGAGUCACAGCUCUGUCUACAGCCACCAGAGAUGAUCUUAUGGUUCAGGCUCUCCAGAGUUCUGCCCAAGAUCCUCCAGCACAGAGAGGGAUGUGAGGAUCUGGGAUGCCUCGUGUAAAUAGCAAGCAGGAUUUUUCUUGUAAAUUUGAGGUCAUCUUUAUGCAUUGUAAAGUGCAGGAAAGGGUAAAGCCAACAUUUUUCAGUCUCUCUUCUCAGUUCACCACUAAGGGACAGAUCCUGCUUGCAUCCUCAUGUGGGAAGACUACCAGCUUUGCCUUCACCUUGGGGCUACACACAUGAGUAAGACAAGCAGGGUUUCACCCUUCCUGGCUAAUCAGAAGGGUUUGCAGUUUACAAGGAAAUAAAGAUCCCAUGCCUUUUUGUCCUCACCAUUCACAACACUACUGCAACCCCUGUUAUAAUCCCUGUUACAAAACACAUUUUAGUUAUUUAUACUAUUUCCUGAUGGGCUUCUCUCUCUCUGAAAUUAUGACCCGUUCUCAGGAGCCGUUUGAGUGACGCAGUUGAGCAGUUCUUUGAUUGGCCUGAACUGGCUCAUGGAAGGAUAAUUCCAACAUGAAUAGACACUGAAACACUGAUUUGUAAUCUGAAAGUAUAAUUAAUUUAUGGGAACAUGAAGAAAAACAAAUCUGUUAUUUUAUCCCUUCCCGGCCAUUAUCACUAAUGGGACAUCCCAGAUGCUCCCUAGCUUUCUGCAUGCCUCUUUUCAGUGCCUUUUCUGCUCUAAGGACUUGGCUACAUUAGGUAUAUUUGCAUCAUUAGCUACACGGGUGCAAACCUCUCCCGUAGAUGCACUGUGCCAGUGUAAAACGGAGUGAGUUGCAUUUGUGCAAGCCCCACCUACCAUGUGUCUUGCUGUAUGGGUAAAGCUACACUGAUACAAAAAGGCAUUUUAAAGCAUCAGGCAAUAUUUAUUUUGGGAAAAGGGGCCCUUAGAACAUGGAUGCGUUCCAUGCAGAAACUGAUGGGUGAUGUUGUAUCCUGUGCUGCGGGGUUUCAGUGCUUCAUAAAUUGGACUAGAAAGCUUUUCUUUGUAUUAUAAAAUAAAAGUU